CGCUCCUGCCGGCCGGGCUCCGGGACCCCCAGCCUUGCUUGGCCACCCCGCCUCCGGCCGUGCCCGGGCCGCACAGCGGAGCCGCUGCCCGACCUUCCGUGAGGAUGCUUUGGGCACUAUGAACGAAGAGGAGCAGUUUGUAAGCAUUGAUCUGAAUGAUGACAACAUCUGCAGUGUUUGUAAACUGGGAACAGACAAAGAAACACUCUCCUUCUGCCACGUUUGUUUUGAGCUAAAUAUUGAUGGAAUACCAAAAUCUAAUCUCUUGCACACCAAAUCAUUAAGGGGCCAUAAAGACUGCUUUGAAAAAUACCAUUUGAUUGCAAACCAGGAUUGUCCUCGAUCUAAGCUUUCAAAAAGUACUUAUGAAGAAGUUAAAACCAUUCUGAGUAAGAAGAUAAACUGGAUUGUACAAUAUGCACAAAAUAAGGAUCUGGAUUCAGAUUCCGAAUGUUCUAAAAAUCCCCAGCAUCACCUGUUUAAUUUCAGGCAUAAGCCAGAUAAAAAGUUACUCCCACAGUUUGACUCCCAAGUACCAAAGUAUUCUGCAAAGUGGAUAGAUGGAAAUGCAGGUGGCCUCUCAAACUGUACACAAAGAAUAUUGGAACAGAGGGAAAAUACGGACUUUGGGCUUGCUGUGUUACAAGAUUCAGGUGCCACUUUAUGCCACAAUAGUCAAUUGUGGCCUCAUAGUCACAACCAGGAACAGAAAAAAGAAGAGACAGUCUCUAAUCCAGAGGCUAAUGUCCAUACCCAGCAUCCACAUUACAGCAGAGAAGAAUUGAAUUCGAUGACUCUUGGUGAGGUAAAGCAACUGAAUGCAGAGCUCCGACAACAAAUACAGGAAGUUUUUGAAGAGUUAGCCCACCAAGUGCAAGAAAAAGAUUCUUUGGCCUCAGAGCUCCAUGUCCGCCACAUUGCCAUCGAACAGCUUCUCAAGAACUAUUCCAAGUUACCGUGUCUGCAAAUGGGACGAACGGGAAUGAAGUCACACCUACCCAUAAACAACUGAACUCUAAACUUACACAUCCUUUCUAUGGCCUGCCAUUUUUUUGGCCUGCCGGGCAUGCACACUUUGAAGAAGUUGAAGAAAGUUAUGGUCAAUUAUUUUAUGGUCAUUAAAUUUGCAAAACUUAAGGCAGCGUUUAACAUCUUUGUCAAAUAAAGCAGAUCAUUACACUCUAGUCUUCUAGGGUUAAUCAUUUUGGUUCAUUUGGGAAAUCUUUUUUCCCAUAAUUACUAAACAGCCCUCCCUAACUUUUACCACAUGUGACUACUUAAAUAUACUGUUAGAGUGUGACUUUGUUAAACAUGGUUUAAUGUAAUUCACCUGUCAGAACAACAGAAGGUUAAAGUUCUUAGGUUAGUCUAAACUACUAAAGAUAACAUUUAAGAGGUAAAUAGAAUUCAUAAUAUCACCUCUUAUUUAUUGAGCAAUAUUUUAAUAUGAAAAUUUUAUAUAUAAAAAUAGUAUUUUAGGUACCUUUUCAUUCUGUUUAUAAAUGUGUAUUUGAAUGGCUCUGUAUAUUAUAUUUACACUUUCAUGUGUGAAUGUUACCCAUAUUUCAGAUCACUGCAUUUUAUUCUCUUAAUAAUGUUUUUACAGCUGUUAUCUUAUUUUCCAAAGAUAAAUGUAUUUUGGCAUAGAAAUCUAUCUAGUUGAAUUGUUUUGACUUCUAAUAACUCUUAUGAAAGAGGAAUUAAUAACUUUUUAAAGCAAGUAUACAGGAAAAUAAAAGACAUUAUUUUUUUCUAACAAAAACAGUUAUGAGUCCAAGAAGAAAAUGCUAAUCUAGUUUCUGUAUGUCAGCUUGUCUCCAUAGAAGUAAAAGCCUAUUCUACAUCAUUAUUACUUUCAUUCUAAUGACUUUGAUGUGUUAGAUUUGGACAGAAUUUAAGUCAAGUCUCACUUCCAAGUCAAAUGUAAUGUCUAUCUUCAAAUAUAAUAUGUCAUGAAAUUGUUGUCCUAUCUUUGAAAAAAAUUAAAAUCAUUUUGUGUACCACUUAAGAUAAAAGUUCAAGAAUCCUUCAACUGUCCAAAUUCUGUUAUCAACAUCACUGAAAGUAGUGCCCAAAGAAAGCAUUUUCUAAACUUUAGAAUCUAAAGGAAAAGAGAAGAUUGCUCGUCACAGAAAAACAGAACUCUAAUUCAAAAAAAAAGUCCGUUUUUAAGAGGAUACUCUUAUUGCCUAUCAUGUUUCCAAAGAAUUCUGAACAAAUAGUUUGUCUCAAACAAACAGCUAGAUAAGUUUUCAAAUAAUAUAGUAAAAGCUAUAACCAAUGCAGAAUUAAAAUGGGCUCUAAAUUCUGUUUUCAACUGGUACUUAGAAUGUAUUUAUGAGGUAAGAUCCUUUGCUUGAAAGAAUCCACAGAAAAGCCCAUUAACUUGGCAGUUUCACGCAUAAAGAUAUGAAUAACUUCUGCCUUAAAUUUGGCAGCCUGCCCUGGUUUGGGUCAGAUUUUAGUCUUGAACACAAAGAGUAUUUGACUAAGCAAAGAAACACCUCAAUCUAGUAGAAAACAACUUUUUGUAACGCUAAAAUGUGUUAAAUUUGCCUGAGGAUAUCAAUUGAUAUCUCACUGAUUUUGUUUUCUUUGAAAUACGACAUAACUGCUUUUCGGAGGGAGCUUUUCAAAGAUGUUUUCAACUUCUCUCAGUCCUUUGAGUCACCCAGAAUGAAUUUAAAAUCCAGGGAGUGGGGGCUUCCCUGGUGGCACAGUGGUUGAGAGUCCGCCUACCAAUGCAGGGGACACGGGUUCGUGCCCCGGUCCGGGAAGAUCCCACAUGCCG